AUGAGGGACGCACUGCGUUUUAUCAAUCCAUCUAUAUCAAAGGGCAUCACCUUUCUAGCAUCAUGUAGCAAAAAUUUUGGCGCUCCGAAGCGUUUUUCAACUUCAGUUGGUGCUACUACAAAGAAGCCAGAAAACCCAAAGGUUUUUACGAAUCCUGCUGAUUUUAAGACUUAUGUCCAAGGUCUACGCUACACAGAAUUUACGACUAACCUGAACUUGAUUACUGAUUCACCUACCAUUCCUAUCUUCCAAAUGCUAAAGCCAGAUGGUACAUUGCACGAGGGUCUUUCAUCACCUUUUGAAAGCGAUGAAGUCGUAAAAGAGCACUUGAAGACUAUGAUUUCACUUCAAAUCUGGGAUAACUUGUUCUAUAACAUCCAAAGACAGGGUAGAAUAUCCUUUUAUAUUCAGAAUCAGGGAGAGGAAGCUAUGCAAGUUGGUUGCGGUUUGGCAUUGAAGCCUCAAGACCACAUCUUUGGUCAAUACAGGGAAUUAGGUGUCUUAUAUAUGAAGGGAUUUACUAUGCAUGAUGUACUCUCUCAGCUGUUUGGUACACAUCAGGAUGAGUGUAAAGGAAGGCAGAUGCCCAUUUCAUAUUCCAAAAAGGAAAUUAACCUUCACGCUAUUUGUACUCCUCUUACUUCACAAUUACCACAUGCGUCUGGUGCUGGUUAUGCGCUAAAAUUGCAAGGUGUUGAUGCUUGUGCAAUAACAUUUUUUGGUGAAGGAGCAGCCUCAGAGGGGGAUUUUCAUGCUGCUAUGAAUUUUGCAGCUGUGAGACAAAGCCAGACUAUUUUCGCUUGUAGAAAUAAUGGCUACGCUAUAUCUACACCAGUAAGAGAUCAGUAUAUUGGCGAUGGUAUAGCAAUAAGAGGUGUAUCAUACGGUAUUCCUACAAUUAGGGUUGACGGUAACGACUUGUUUGCCUCAUAUGUCGCCAGCAAACACUGCCGUGAAUAUUGUGUAAAACAUUCCACUCCAAUUUGCAUGGAAUUUAUGACAUAUAGACUAGGUCACCAUAGUACUUCUGAUGAAUCCUCGCAGUAUAGAGGCCCGGGCGAACAUGAUGCAUGGAUGAAGGAUGGUGUUAAUCCUAUAAAACGUAUUUCCAAGUAUUUGGAGAGCAAGGGACUUUGGACGCCUGAGGAAGAGGCUCAGCUACGCAAGAGCGCCACAUCUUUGAUGUUGAAGAAGAUAAAGGAGAUGGAGACCGUGAAGUCUCUUGAUGUUAUUCCUGGCAUCUUUGACGAUGUAUAUGACAAGCCACACCUACUUCUAGAGGUUUUUUAA